UCCUGAGCUUCAGUUGACGCUUGAAUUUGGUGCAGUAAUCACCUCCAUAGUAUUACGCAGUGCUACAAUAUGUUGCUGAAAACUUUAGUUUUUUCUUUAUUGGCUGUCGCGGUCUUGGCCGAUGACGACAAGCUUCAGAUCCUGAGAAACUACGUCCGGACUCAGUGCGCGAAUAACAACGCUGAGGACAAAUAUGAAUCUAUCGAGGCUGCGGGAAAGACUUUUGUUGAAUGUGUCAAGUCCAUCAUCGAUAUCCCCACCAUACAACGAGAGAUCGAGGAGGCGAAGCCGAAUGGAGCUCUCGACGAAGUCUUCAAGAAGUACUGCGCUAAAUCUCCUCAGCUGAAGGGCUGUAUUCACACACUCCUCACAGCCGUCCAGCCCUGUGUCGACAGCGCCGCGCAAAACCAGAUGCUCUCCGCACAGAACAGCACUGACCAGCUCAUCGACUUUGUCUGCUACAAGGACGGAGACAGAAUCGCCCUAUUCAUUGCCGAGGAAGGACCUCAGUGUUUCCAGAGCAAGGCUGAAGAGAUCAGGACUUGUCUCACCACAGCUAAGAGUUCAUUCUCUGACUUGGAAUCCGUCAAGAAACUCAGUUUAGCUCAAAAAUGCGCCAAAUACGACGAGCUAUCGUCUUGUAUAGUCACUAAACUGGAAGGCUGUGACACCCCCACUCCCGGCAACAUGGCAGAGUCCCUGUUCAGAUACGUCCGUAAAGGAUCAUUCUGCAACGCUGACGCGAAAGCAUAAAACUGAACUGAUUCAAGCCGCCGAUAGUACGAACAAUUGGAUGUGAUCAUUUAUGUGCCAAUAAUAAUUAAAUUAUAUAGAAACGUGCAAAAACUGUAACUUUAAAUAUACAAACAUAAAACUUC